UACUCGCUCCGCGGCGCCGCUUCAGUACGUCGCGCGGCACUUCGUCGGGAGGGACGUGCAGUGUGUGGAUCGCCGGGUCUUUUCGCGACGUGAAAUUUGCGCGCGCGUGCGCGCGCAAACGAGCGCAGGCUAGACGUGAGAUCGCGGAGCGUGCGAAAGGAUGCUUCGCCGCGCCGGCAUUUCCGCGACCGACGGCUGAGACGCCGGGAUCCCGAGUUCGACGGAUCGAUUCAGCGGUGAGACGAGAUCUCGCGAGUCGGCGAGCGAAUCCGCGGCGUCGACACUCUCGCCGCGGUAACGCGAGAACAGGGGCGCGAUUCGGCGGCUGCGAUUACCGUCCGCGACGCACUUCACGCCGCGGAAAAGCGCCGCGCCGCCUCGUUUCGUGGCUGACGCUUCGAAUUCGCGGACAGGAGAGUCGCGGGUGAUCGGCGCUUAUCGGUUGUCGCCCUCUGCCCGCGGGGCGCCUUCAAAUUUUCGCACUCGGCGGGCGAUCGGUGGAACGUGAAAAGAGGAGACGGAGAAGACGCAGGAGCGGAGCAGUGAGUCCUUCUUUUUCUCUCGUCGAAGCGGAGUCUCGCCCGGGCGGAUCGGUUCGCGCGCGUGAAACUAUGCGGCCAAAUUGACGACACGACGAAGCGGGAAAGGGAGAAAGAAAACGAGGCAGAAGAGAGAGAGAGAGAGAGAGAGAGGGGGGGAGGGAGAGCGAGUCGCGGAGGCAAGUCGCGGGCAAGAACGCCGCGACCGGUUGAAGCCGCGCGAGAAUAUGCGCGAGAGACGGACCUGAGCGCGAUCGCGGAGCCAUGGAGGACGCAGCAACAGCAGCAGCCGCGGCACCAGCGCAGGAUACCUGCUUCGGGGCGGGCAGCGUGGCCGGGGCCGUGAUCGGGACCUUUCUGACGACGAUCCUCCUGCUCGCCGUCGCCGCGCUUCUCUACAGGCAGUGGCGCCGGCAUAAGAGUAAACACUUGGUGCUGGUGACAGAUCCCGAGAUCGCCGAGGAUGCGUACGCCUUCGACAAUCCUUGCUUCAAGGACGCCACGCCUGCGGCGGUCGGCGGCCGCGUCACGGAGAGACCGUCAUCGGUUGUACCCGGGGACACGCCCGCGAAGGACUCGACGCGAUGGUCCACACCCUGGUCGUCCCUGGGACUCGGCGCGGCGGUCCGCAAUGAUAAACGCCGGACCCUCGACGAUUCCUGCGUCGGAUCCAAGGCCACCAGGGUCAGCCUGGUCAGUCUGCGUAGCCGCGACUUCACCGGCCUGGGUUUCAAUGUUUGCGGCAACAUGAGGGAGGGUAUCUUCGUCAAGGACCUGCUGCAUCGCGGCCCCGCGUCCGAAUCCGGUCGGAUACACCCUGGCGACCGUAUCUCCAGCGUGAAAAUCAGCUUCCGCAACAUGGUUUACGAGGACGCGUUGACGAUCCUGAGCUACGCCUCGCCGUACGACGUAGAGCUGGAGGUGGAGAGCGGCGGUAGCGGCUCUAAGCCGGCGACGUUGCUGAAGAAGAGCGUGGGUCCGAGUCCGACGAGGAUCUGCCAUCCUCUCUACAGAAGCCAGUCAAUUCCGGAGCUGUCGCGGGGUCACAGAAGCGCCGCGAAACGGCUCUUCAUAGCCGAUCCGAACGAGUCCGUGGGCUCUAAUUACUCGACGAUGAACUCGACUCUGAAGUCCUCGAAGUCGACGCCGGGCAGCGGACAGAGCCUCGAGAGGCGUCACGACGAAGCGAAGAACAAUCACCAUCACAAGUUCGGUAUCAAGGUGCUGCCGGCGCUGGACGGCACCGUGCACCGCAUCGAGAAUCAGAAUGAGCACAACACGAACCUGGAGAGAAGGCACUCGCGCAAGAUGGACGCGGAGAAACUGCUGGCGAACAGGCAAUCCGCGGCUGCGAGCGACGCCGACGAGAAGAAGCUCUGCAACGAGCGUCUUCAGCAACGCGCGGACCACAGCGUCGUUCCGACAAGGAUCACCGUUGACGGCGUCGACAUGUCGGACAAAAGCGGCAAGAAUGCCGACGGGGAGCUCAACAUACCGUCGGAGGUGCCGACGGAGGUGCACAACGCGGCUAUGGCGGCUCGCAGAAAUCGCAAGAGCAGCUCUGAACCCCUGAACAUGCAGAAGAUCAGCUCGUCCGAUUCCGACGGCGCAAAGAGUCCUCAGAAGAACAAACGGAAAGCACCGGCGCCGCCGAAGGGUACCAACGAGAUGCCAUUUGCAAAGAAAGACGCCAUAGAGACCAUCGAUAGUAUCGCCGAUUAUACGGAGUCGUUGUGUGAUUAUGUGAAUAAGACGCGUGAGAACACGGACGCCGCCGCGGACGCCCGAAGACAUCGUCUGGAGAAUCAACCAAUGAUGAACAGACGGAACUCCGAGUCGGACACCGACAACGAAAUGCAGAACAGCUUUACAAUCGAAUUGAAUUCGGCAGACAUCACCAUUCACCGUACGCCCGUACCGGAGGCGGACGACAACGAGGAUGAGGACGACAUAUACAGGAAAGCAGCCAGCCUGGGCGACCUGUCCAAGUACGAGAGCAAGACCGCGGCGACUCUGGAGAGAGCGCAGAGCCUCGACAUGAGCGCCGAUACCGGGGCGAAGAAGCGUAAGGCGCCGCUGCCACCCGAGGACAUCAACGAGUCCACGGAGGAUCUUACGAAGCUCGAUCAGAUCGACACGUUUGAUCAACGAAAGCUGAAGAAGUCGAACGAAUGGGGUACUCUAGAGGACGUGAUCUGGAGCGAAGCUGCCACCAGCGAAGUGUACGAGGAGACGCGUGGGAAAGCUCGUACGAGGAAGAAGAGCAACGGCACUUUGGAGCGUUCCAAGUCCGCUGUGGAGAUCAAACUGAAGGAAGAUGUCACAACGGCGACGACGGUAGUAGUGGCGACGGAGGACGACGUGUCCGAGCAGAAGAAGCCCAGCGAUGAUUCGGAUCAGGAGAUCACCAGCAUCGAGUUAUACAACCUGCCGUUGAGCAAGCGACUGACCGAGGAGUUUAUUCGCAACGAACGGAUGUUCAAUCCGGAUGAGGACAAUUCUCUGGCCAGAAUCGUGAAUGACGGCCAGGUGGUGAAGAGCCCGACCCCGAAGGAGGUGGAAUUAGACUUCCAGUUGACUGACGAGAGACGAUCCUCCAAGGAGAGCAAGCGCGAGGGGGAGACGGAAAACGAACCGGACAGUGGUUCCAUGUCGGAGAAGUCGGAGGACUUCAGUCGCGCCUUGCGCUACUUCGAACUCCACGCGAGCGGCUCACCGACAUCUCCGGAGCCGACGACGAAGGUCAAUCUGACACGGCUGGACGAGUGGAAGGAAGAUAGAGCGCCCGUUAACGAAGCGUCGCUUUACGCCGGCAGGCAAGCGGUUGUAGAAGAACCUGUCUUAAAGGUGACCGUCGAUAGGGGUUGUCACGGUUGCGAGGAUAGGUGCGGCCAGCAUAGUGCCGACUGCAAACGUGAGAAGCACGCCGACAGCCAGCAUCGUGUGACCGUGCGAUCGUUUUCGGAGGAUAACAGGACGGGUACGAGAGAGAGCGCGGAAAAGGAAACGGAACGGACGACACCAACGCAUCUGCGAGUACACGCGUCCAAAUCGGAAUCAUCGGCCGGGCGCGACAAACUCCAGGACAGGGAGGAGAACGCGGAGUGUAAGAACGGCGGUACCUUCUCCACGUUCCACGCGCAUCGGACGAAGUUCGAACAGCGGGGCGGGGAUAGUCAGCAGCGUAAUAGGUACUCACCGAUCAAGACGAAAUCGCCGAUCGACUCUACGUUCGCCGAAACGCACCUCGCCAGACGCAUUAUUAGCGUUUCCAGUCGCGACGAAGACGAGGAGGAAGAAGACGAGUACGAGUUUGGUUCAAACGUAACGGCGAACAGCAAGAGCCCGUCUUCACCUAAGGAGGACCGUCAUAACAUCAGCAGCAUCAGUGUGUCGAGCGGCGAGAACAGCGAGGAUAGUGGUCUGGUCCGGGAAUCGAUGGACUACAACAAUCCGCAAGACACGGAGAGCCGUCCACCUUUGCCUAACACGCCUGUGCCGCCAAACGCUGUCCAAAAGAUGACCUACAUUACAGAGAUCAAGGUGUCGCCCAACAAGGAAGGUGUUCGCGAGACCGACAGCGAGAACGAAGAAGUAACGACGGGGACUAAUGGCGAAUUGCGAAAGCUGGUGCAGCACGAGAUCAAGGUGACGUCCAACGGGAAACCUACGUCCGGCAAGAAACCGCCGGUACCGCCGAGACGAUCGGACAUCGCGAAGAGCCCGAAGGAGGAUCGGACGGACAAACAGGUCGUCUACGUUUCCGAGUACAAGUCCACGACGGGCAAGAGAGCCCAGAUCUUGGACGUGCACCCGGGACCAGAGGUCAAGCAAUCCGAGAAUAAGAAGUUUGAGCACUGGAUCUUCAAGGCUGACAAAGAGCAGAAUCGCUGGAGCCCCGCUUCCGGUCAACCACAACCCGUGACGAACAUCGUGCUCUCAUCCAGGGAUGAUACGAAUUAGAACGUUCGCGAUCCUUGACUUUAAGAACGCGAACGUAAUCUGUAAUUGUACGUCACUCAACUUAGGAGACAUUUUAUUAAAAAAAUAUCGGAAUGAGAUUUCUUUGUAUACGUUUCUUUACGAAGACGAACAGCGUAUAAUCGAAAAGCAUUUGUAUUAAUGUUAACAAAUGCUCUACGAGUUUCCAAGAGCUUGGGGAUAACGUCCUUUCUAAGAUAACCGAUUUAAGCGAAGAUUUCGAGUAAAAACAAGGCUAAGUGUCGCAACAAUAAUUUUAAACUAGAUAUUUUCACACAUAAUGUAUGUUUUUCUUGUAUUAAUUUCUAGCGCUGUUUUGUUUCCGACACUUGGCUCUUUUUUCAUUUCCAAUCUUCAAUUCAGUUUAACCUCAAUAAAUAUGAUCGCAGAUGAAAAGCGAGAACGUACGUAAGUCUGGAAAGAGAGAAUAUGAUUAACUUUAUGUCACGUAUGUGUUGAUGCAUUUCUUGAAGUAUACGACAUAUGUAUAUUAUAAAAUAUAAAUGUACAUACAUUAUACAUCCAGGAAAAUUCCUUCUUGAUGGUUUUACCGAGAAAUUUUAGCCAUCAGACGAAGAUAAUUCUUCGUCUGAAUAUGUCUUCUGUGAAUAUGUAAGAUACUCAAAAUUAUUUAUCAAAUCAAUUCUUUCAAAAGAAGAGGGAAACUUGAUACUGUCUCCCUAAUUCUUACUGAACUGCAUUCUAACUCUUAAUUUUUUAUAUUUAAUUUAUUUAGCAUCUUGGAACCAAAAGAAUCAAUGCUUUGAUAUAUGAUAUCAAUAUAAAUGCUGCACUGCUGAAAUUUAAAUGACGCAAUGAGAUUGCUCUAGAUAUAUUUAUCAGUAUCAUAUUUAUAUUAUACAUUUUAGGUGACUUGAAAACUCAUGCACUUUGCCGUGGACCCUUUUGGAAUUAAUUCUAACAAAAAUAGCCCGAAGGAUUAAUUGAAAAGACGUUUAUUAUGCCGAUAAUAAGUACGUAUCGUACAGUUAGUAAAGUGCUGAGAAACUACGUGCCAUAAAGAGUAAUUAUGAUUAGAGGAGAUUGCUUGAGGUAGAAUUGAACUGUAAAGGCACAAGAUUUACGGAUUUACCGUGUGCGUUAUCUGUCCGAUUAUCAUACAAAUGAAUGAAUAAUAGAUGUAAAUGCGAUAAUUGUGCAUAUACUUUUUCCCUAACAAUUGUAUAAAUGUAGGCCAGUGUUUUAAAUGCGACGGCUAGCAAACUUCUAACGCAUUUUAUGAAAGGUCGUGCAUUUUUCCAUAAACUUUCAUUUUCCCCGUUUCUAAUCAAAAUAAUUUUUAAUAGAAUAUCGUUAGAACUUGCUAACAGAAUAUAUACAUAAUGAAAAAAUACGUAACCCUAAUUUAUCGAAAAACUGGCAAUAAUUAUAUAUAUAUAUAUAUUUUUUUUUUUACUUAUGAUAGCUUUCUCCUUUUUCACUUUUCAGUUAUUCGUACUCUUGUCGCACAUUUAACGCUAAAUGUGAUUAUUACAUUCUUCCGGAUUGAAUAUUAUUUUUACAUUAUAUAUGUCUAUAUGAAAUGACUUAAAAUACGAUAAUUACAUUUAAUGCCAAAUAUAUAGCGAAACUGCAAUAUUUUUUCUUCAUCUGUAACUUCCAUUCUCAAAUAUUUCACGAUUAUUCUAGAAAGAUAAAAAAAUUACAAAUUAUUAUCUUAUCGUUCGCAAUCCGAAUAUUUUACUUCACUUAAUUAGAGGUAUCUUAUAUAGUCGUCCUAUACGUUCAUUAUGAGAUACAUAUAAUUUCGUCGAUAGGAUGUUCGUAAUCAAAUAAUAGACCGUGUAAUAAUAGAUCGCGUAGUAUGUAAGCGAAAUAAUAUGUAAAUCUGUUACUUUAUAUAUAAUAACUUUUGUUUAUUAAUGUACUAACAUUUGCGUAGCUCAUAAUUUGACAUCUAAUUGUUCACGCGUAUUAGUAUGAGUAUUGUCAGUAUGAGAUACAAAGUAAGUGUAAUUAAUAAAAUCUUACGCAUAAUGGCACUCGCUUCAAAUACAUUGAUGCUCAAGCAAAAUAUUGGGCAUGUUGAAAAUCUUAAUUUCAAUGAUGUAUGUAAAGCAAAGUGCGUUACCUGUUGCAUGAUCAGAAAGUUUCUUUCGUGGCAUCGCAUCGUGUCUUUUUAUUGUUAUCCGAUGUCCUGCGAGAAGGCAACAGGAAUUUCGAAGUAUAUUGGAUUUGCUGUAACGCACGGUUGACAUCAAGACACAAAUGUUUCACCGUGUGCGAAUGUACUGCUCGUAUUAUUAAAGACAAGCGAAAUGUUAUUGUUAGCUGAUGCAAGAGUCAGUCAUCGAGUCUUUCCGUGUACGUUAAAUGUAAUAUAAUUUAUUUCAAGACUAACAACUGUUGUAGUAACAUACGCUAUUGUCUAUAAAUUUGUUAGUCACGAAUGUAUAAAGUUUUAAUGAAUAAAAGUAUAUAUUUUUAGACAUACUGA